AAAGCGAGCAAUUUAUCGUGGAAUUCUACCGAUGUGGAGUGGGAUUUACAAAUGGUGAAUGGGAUGUGUAGUGUGACAGCCGAGCGUGGUCACGUCCUGUGUUUGUUAGUGAACCAGGAAGUAAUAUUGCUUGGUUUCAACGAGGAAGUUAUCGCGUUGUUGUCAACAAACGUCCGUAGGAUUGCAUUAGUAAAAAUGGCUGUUUGAAAACACAACCUUGCAAAAGCUCUGCUCUUGAAUUUCGAAGAAAGUAAACAUGGCAGGCAGAAGAGGUAUCGAGUUAUUUACUAUUCCUCAAAACCAAGGUACCGCCUAUCUAAACGCAACAUAUGGAACGUCAUUAGAUGUGGCUCUCACUCCAGAGGAAACAGCAAGUGUUUUCGAGAGUUUAAGAACGCUUCAUCCAACCGACAAUGCCGAUGAUCCCAAUAUCAAUAUUACACAGCCACCAAAGAUUAAAUUCAAUAAACGGUUACAAAUAGCACUGGUGUUAGUGGGAAUCAUAUAUGCUGCACUGGUUGCUGUUGUUGUAUGGUCGCUUGUGCAUACCCAAGAGGAAAAAAUGGCCAACCAUUGCCUAAGCAAUCCUUGCAAAAAUGGUGCCACGUGCGAGAACUCUGUGGCCUCGUUCAUGUGUUCAUGCUCUUCCGGUUUCCAAGGCACAUGGUGUGAAAAUGAUAUAAAUGAAUGCAUAAACAACCCAUGUUCCAGGGGCGCUACGUGUAGAAAUAAUAACGGCAGUUUUGACUGCGAUUGCCCUCCUGGUUUUACUGGCACAUUAUGUCAACUUGAAAUCAGUGAAUGUUCCAGUCGUCCUUGUCAGAAUGGUGGGACGUGUGUUGACAUGGUGAAUUCCUAUCGAUGUUGAAUUCCUAUCGGGACUAACUGCCAAGGUAAGAGUCAAACGUUCUUCCUGUGCCUUUAUUUCAAAUAUCAUAAUGAACAAACCUUCUGAUAAUUAUUUUUCCAAGCUAUUAAGAACAUUAAUUGAUCAUGUGGAGAAAGUGCUUUUUUUAUGAACAAAACCGAAAUCAGAGGACUGUUUGGUUAUUAAAAAUUCUUCAAUAAUUAUAAGUAUAAAACACGGUUUAAUGAAAACUAAUUUAUUAAAGCUGGUUAUUACCUCUAAUUGAUAUUUUGUAGAAAUUAUAGUAUUAAACACGCAAAAUUGCAAACGUACCUAGUUCUAGAAAGAGGGUCAGGCGUUUCGUUCCUGCGC